AUGGGAUUGUUUUCAAAAAAGAAAUCAACUUCUCCACAGUUACCAACUAAUAAUAAUAUACAACAAGAGUUAAAACUAACAAGAUCAAACGACUCCGUAAAAUCAGGAUCAUCAAUCACAAGUGGCGAAAAAGUUAAAAAUUUAUUCAAGAGUAAUAAAUCCAAAAAUAAUGAUGUUAAUAAUAUAACUUCAGAUUUACAAAGUACUAGUCUAAACCCACAUGCUCAAAGUUCGUCAUCAUUAACCAUUGACCAUAGUGAUGAUGGAAAUAUACCCAAUCGGUUCAAAAAAAGAGUAAGCACAAUAAUAGAAAAUGAAGACAACACAACAGACGAUGACGAAAAUUCAACAGAUGAUGAAAAUCACCAAGAAUCAACAACAAGUGAAUCAGAAGUAGAUCUAGAAGAAGAAUAUGAAGAAGAUCAUUUACAUCCAAUAAAACCCAAGUAUGAUUCAACACAUCAUGAUUUAGCUCAACAAUUAUCAACAAUAAUGGAUUAUUGUGGUCUUAAGACAAAUUCCAAUCAUUUAACUGAAGAAGCAAAUAAAGAAAGUCAAAAAACUUAUCUGUUAUUAGAUUCUGAAAAUAAAAUUAUGAAAUUACCUAAAAAUUUUAAAAAUUAUGAAUCAGUUAUUGGUCAAUAUCAAAUUCAACUAAUUAAAAAUUUAAGUACCAAAAUUGAGAAUUUAGUUGAAACUAAGAAUUUUUCAAUUAUAACUUGUAAUAAAUCAUUGUAUCAAAGGUACGGAGUUAUUAGAAACGUUGUUGGAAAGGGAGCUUAUGGGUUAAUCAAAAUUAUAAAUCCAGAUGUAAAUGAUAAAACCAAGUUAUCAAAUUUACCAACUUCAUUAGGCAAAACAUUAUAUGUUGUAAAAGAACUUUCAAGAAGAAAAGAUGAAAAGUCAAAUCAAUACAUAGAAAGAAUUUUAAGUGAAUUUGUAAUAUCAUCAACAUUAAAUAAUCGAAAUAUCAUAGAAACAGUUGAUUUAAUGGGGACUUUCGUAGAUUCAAAUUUAAGAUUAAGUCAAGUUAUGCAAUGUAGCCAAGGUGGUGAUUUAUUUUCUUACUUAUUAACUGGUUAUAAUAUAAACAAUAAGGCUGUUGAUUUUAUGUCAUUAUAUGAAGUUGAUUGUUUCCUAAAGCAAAUUUCAAGAGGAUUAAAAUAUAUGCAUAAUCAUGGAGUUUCACAUUGUGAUUUAAAACUAGAGAAUAUUUUAUUAACUUAUGAACCACAACCUCAAGCUGAUUGUAAAACUAAGAUAACGUUGAAAUUAAGUGAUUUUGGAAAAUCUUUUGUGUUUAGGACAGCUUAUGAUGAUAAAGAACAACUUAUCAAUGGUAAUCAAGGUCUAAUUGGUUCAGGACCAUAUAUACCCCCAGAAGAAUAUGUAUGUGUGAAAAAUAAGACAGAUUAUUCAUCAUUACAAAAAGAUUAUUGGGCUUUAGGAAUAAUAGCAUUAGUUUUGUUAAAUUUAAGAAGACAUUAUUAUUCAGGUAUUAAAAAUGGAGCAUAUAGAUCUGGGAAUAAAUUAAUUGGUGGUAGUGAUACUUAUGGUUAUAGUACUGGAUAUUUAUGGGAGACAACUGAAUUAAAAAGUAGUAAAUCAUAUAAAGAUAAAGUAUUUAAUGAAUAUGCUCAAAAAAGAAUGAUGGCUGAUUAUGAUAGUAAAACAAAAGAAUGGUUAAUACAGAAAAAAGGAACAUUUACACCUAUAAAUAAUAUAUGUUUACCUAUAAAAAGAGUAAAUAAGAAUAAUGAAAGUGAUGAUAAUUCAAGCUCGAGUGUUGAUGAAACAGUAAAUGAAGAACAACUGGAAGAGAUUGAAGAAGGUAGUGAAUUAAACGAGCUAAGAGUUAUGUGUAUUUAUAAAUUACUUGAUAUAAAUCCUUCAACUAGAUUAUCAGUUGAUGAGUUUUUGAAAAGUGAUUGGAUGACUUCUACAGAAGCUUGUGUAUAG